AGCUCGAAGGUUUCCCUCUCUGGAAGCAUCCCCUUUCAAUGUUACAAAGGUUAUCUAGCUGCGGAACCAAUAUUCGGGGCGCGUGUGUUCCGGGCGGACUGGCGCAAGCAUGUCGGAACCUUGUGGCGGAAGCACUUCGUAGUACAGAAAGAUUGAGUGUGCGUGACUCCUCGCUGCUUCGAGAAUAAUGUGGCGGAGGAGCGGCAGGGUCCCCGGGGGCAUUUGUGCUCUUGUUCGCUCCGGCGCUCCGGGGGAGGACGUUGUGGUCUUGUACAGUAAAGCACACAAGUUGUUUAGUACCACCCCUGUCUUCUGCACUAAGGAAGAUGACCCACUCAGCUGCACCAAUACAAAUAUUUCAUCAAAUCAGGAGCAGAAAACACAAGUAAAAACAAAGAUAAAUUUGCUACAGUUAAUUCGUGGAAUGAAAAUAGAACUAAGUACAAAGAAGAAGUUUGAACAACAGAAAGCCUCAAAGAUGAUGGGCAAUGCUAGAAGCAGAUUGCUGGAAGAUGAAGAAAAAAGCAACAAGCAUAUUCCAGAAUUAGAGGCAGCAGCCUCUGCUGUUGCAUCUUCACUCCCUUUCGAUAAACAAAAGACGACUUCAGAACUGUUGCAUUUGGUAAAAAAACAUAAGGAAGAAAUGAAUGUGCAUAGAAGUGGAACUGCUGACCUAAGCAAAAUAAUGGCAAGCAUGAAAAUUAGAAAAAAACCUGUUAAACGAGAUGCCUUUAGAGCAUUCAGUGAAAUUGAGUGUGAUGAAGAUGAAGAAGGCAAUAUGGCACAUAUUAAUGAAUUCAGUAGAAUUAAAAGCAAUCUCUUUUCUGGAGAAAGGCUACAGAUUUUCACUCCUAAGCCAGAGGGAGCACAUGAAACAGACGUAGUAGCAAUACCAACACUUUGGGAUGUGGAAUUUGCCAAAACUAUCGCAUCAAACUUUCAGCAUCUACCACAGAAUGGUUUUGAGGAGAUGAUACAGUGGACAAAAGAAGGAAAACUUUGGGAGUUUCCAAUUAACAAUGAAGUUGGACUUGAAGAUGAUGCUGAAUUUUAUGAACAUAUAUUUUUGGAUAAGCACUUGGCAGACUUUCCCAAAGAAGGACCAAUUCGCCACUUCAUGGAACUUGUAGCAUGUGGACUUUCCAAAAAUCCAUACUUAAGCGUGAAAGAAAAAAUAGAACACAUUCAAUGGUUCCGGGAUUAUUUCAAGGAAAAAGAAGCAUUGCUUAAGGAAAUUGAAGCCCAUGAGAAGGAAGCCUUGAUUGAAAUAGAGAAUAUAUUGAAAUGAAAACUCAAAAGAAAGCCAUGGCUUCAUGAAAAUAAUAAUUGGGCAGUUGUACAUCAUAAUCUGGAAAGAACCUGAUUCAGAUAUAUCAAAACUGCAAAAUUGGUUUAAUCUGGCUUGCAAAUUAUUGAGUAAAAAUGUAUAUUCCUCCGCUUA